AUGUCGGUUACCGACGACAAGGUUCGUGUUGCCCCUCCAUUACCUGCUUUGCUCCUGCCUGCGCCCCUCCAUGUCCUGCAAUUCUCCGCACGUGUCAACCCUCCUGCUAGCGGCGACAUCAUGUCGAUCCCUGGUGCGGAAGACCAAAUCGACCCAGCCACCUUUGAGCAGAUUCUCGAGAUGGACGAGGAUGAGGUCGAGCGCGAGUUCAGCAAAAGCAUCGUCUACGACUUCUUUGGCCAGGCAGACCAGACCUUCAAGAAGAUGGACAAGGAGCUCGAGAAGAAGGAAGGCAAAUAUCUCAAGGAGCUUAGCGAGCUAGGUCACUUCCUCAAGGGCUCGUCCGCCACGCUCGGCCUCACCAAAGUCAAGGACUCGUGCGAGAAGAUCCAACACUACGGCCAGCUCAAGGACGACGCAGGCACAAAAGACAUCACCGAGGAGAAGGCGCAGGAGAACCUGGCCAAGAUUAUCAAGCAGGCCAAGACAGAGUUCACCGACGUCAAGGAGAUUCUGAAGGAGUUCUACCAAGACAAAGGCGACGACGACGAUGAGGCAGAAGAGCCGCCCGCGAAGGCAAAGGCCUAG